AUGGUAUCAUGGAUCCGUCAUCGAGACCUGCAUAUCUUGACGGUCGGUGGAUACACAUACACGUCGGACCAGCGGUUCCAGGCGACGCACUCGGCGCACACGGAUGACUGGACGCUGCACAUCAAGUGGGCCCAGCAGAGGGACGCCGGCGUCUAUGAGUGCCAGGUGUCGACGCAGCCGGUGCGGUCGUUCUUCGUCACGCUCCACGUUGUCGAUUACCAGAUAAAAGCGCCAAUGUUUGCUAUACAGAACAAACGUCCGCAUAAUAUUGUGUGCCGCCCGAAAGCGUUCCCUUUACAAAAUGAAAUCGCGUUAAUUGAAUCCAUCCGUUCUGAUAUUAAGAGCCGUCAGCGACAGGCGGAUGCGGUCGUGGCGUAG